UUCAACAACAACUCACACCGUCGUCUCCUCUUCAUCAAACGGCACAUCAUAAAGAGUACCGAAGACUGAAUCGCGUGUCUCUCGCUCCCAAAGCAUCCCAGUCCUUCUCCUGCCAAUCUCGCCUUCGACAAUACCUUCCUCCGGCCCACUUCCACAAUGUCACUUUGGGUCGACAAGUACCGCCCACGCACUCUCAAUGAUCUCGACUACCACCAGGAGCUCUCAUCGAGGCUAAAGUCGCUUGCGGCCUCGGGCGACUUCCCCCACAUUCUCUUCUAUGGCCCAUCAGGCGCUGGAAAGAAGACGCGAAUUAUGGCCACUCUGCGAGAGCUCUACGGCCCAGGAGUUGAGAAGCUCCGCAUUGACCAGCGAGUCUUUGUGACGCCCUCAAAUCGCAAGCUCGACGUCAAUGUUGUCCAGAGCAACUACCACAUCGAGCUGACGCCUUCCGACGUGGGCAUGUACGACCGCGUCGUCAUCCAGGACAUUCUCAAGGAGAUUGCCCAGACCCAGCAGGUCGACCUGAACGCAAAGCAGAAGUUCAAGGUGGUCAUUAUCAACGAGGCAGACGCCCUCACGCGUGACGCGCAGGCCGCCCUCCGUCGCACUAUGGAGAAGUACAUGAACAACAUGCGCCUGAUCAUGUGUGCGAGCAGCACCAGCAAGAUUAUCGCGCCCAUCAGGUCACGAUGCCUGCUGGUGCGCGUCGCGGCGCCGACUGACGACGAGAUGUCCAAGGUACUGCACCACGUCGCGAAGAAGGAGCGCUUCUCGCUCCCUGACUCGGCCUCGGACGCCAUCAUCGCCUCGUCCGACGGUAACCUCCGCAAGGCGCUGCUCGUCUUCGAGGCUAUGCGCAUGCAGAGGCCAGACAUGCAGGGCGACAUUGACGUUGCCAAGCCGGACUGGGAGACGUACUGUGCCAAGGUGGCGGAUCUGAUUCUGCAGGAGCAGUCACCACAGCGUCUGCUCGACGUCCGCGCCAAGAUUUACGAGCUGCUGUCGCACUGCAUUCCCCCGGCCGUUGUUUUGAAGACUAUUGCCGGCAACCUGGUGGACAAGGUCGACGACGUGCUCAAGCCGCAGAUUGUGCACUGGGCCGCCCACUAUGAACUGCGUAUGAGGCAAGGAUCGAAGAUGAUCUUCCACAUUGAGGCGUUCAUCGCCAAGAUUAUGAGCGUGUACAAGAACUACACUUUGAUGGGCUUGGCAGACGAGUAUGAGUAG